GGUGCUGCCGUUCUAACCCCCCUUCCCCACGGACCUCCCCUCUUCACCCUUGCUGGGCUGUGAACUUUGGGCAGAAGUCCACCUUCCCUCUCCACCCUACGAGCAUUUGCCCGGCCUCUGCUUCCCGAUGCCUGCAUUGUAUUCCUUUUUAGUGUGCUCUCCUUAUUCGAAUAUCUGAAUACUUAGACAUUUCAUGAGUAUAAUAACAAUAUAAGGAGUUGGGGGAAGACACGUGUUUUAUUCCCAUUCAUGCAAAUACUGUUCCAUAUCUAUGAUGCAGGAAAUAAAUAGUGUAUCAGAGAGCCUCAGGACAGUACUAGGCCCUUUCAUGUUUCCCUUUUUCUUCCCAGGCCUUUGUCUUUCCCCAAAAAGUGGGUUGUACCAAGGGAGGAAUGUUCCCUAUCCUCCUUACAAUCAGGCCCUUCCAGGAAUCAGUGACAUUCAGGGAUGUGGCUGUGGACUUCACUCAGGAGGAAUGGGGAUACCUGGACCCUUCUGAGAAGGAGCUAUACAGGGAUGUGAUGCUGGAGAAUUACAGACACCUGGUCCAUCUAGGACUCACUGUUUCCAAGCCAGAUGUGAUCUGCCACUUGGAGCGUGGGGAACCUCCUUGGAGGCCAGAAAGUCAGGUUACAAGGACCAGUUUUCCAGAUUGGGAAUAUAUUCCUGAAACCGAGAAUUUAUCUCCAAAACUGGGCAUUUCUGUUGAACCUUCAUCCCAGGAAGAAUGUGCAAAGGUUCAUCUGUUUGUCUCGAAUUUGGAAAAAGCCCUGGGGCGUGAUGCCAGUUUACAGAGGCAACAAUGCACUGAGGAGAAAUAUUCUUGGAUUCAUUCUGGAAAGAAUAAAUGUCUUAUCUGUGGGCUGUCCCUCUACAGCAAGGCAAGUCUUAUUCGACACGUGAGAAUUCAUACUGGAGAAAAACCUUAUAAAUGUGAUAAAUGUGGGAAUGCUUUCCGUGAAAGUAUGAUUUUUAAUGUUCAUCAAAGAAUUCAUAGUGAAGUGAGAUCUUAUGAAUGCCAUGAAUGUGGGAAGACCUUCUGCUCAAAAGUUGGAGUUACCUGUCAUGAGAAAAUACAUACUGGAGUAAAACCUUAUGAAUGCCAUGAAUGUGGAAAGGCCUUCCUUCAGAGGUCAUAUCUCACUCAGCAUGUGCAGAUGCAUACUGGGGAGAAACCUUUUAAAUGUCAUGUGUGUGGGAAUGCCUUCCUGCGGAGGACAGGUCUGAAGCAACAUGUGAGAAUUCACACUGGAGAGAAACCUUAUAAGUGUAAAGAGUGUGGAAAGGCCUUCUCUGCUAGGAAUCGUCUUUAUUUGCACAUGAGAGUACAUACUGGAGUGAAACCUUAUGGAUGUCAUAUGUGUGGAAAGGCCUUCUCCUCCAGGAAUGAUCUUACUCGACAUGUGAGAAUUCAUACUGGAGAGAGACCUUAUGAAUGUCAGCAAUGUGGCAAGGCCUUCAGCCAGAGAGGAUCCCUGACUCGACAUAAGAAAAUUCAUACUGGAUAGUAACCUUAAGAGUCCUACAUCAUCAAGUCUCUUCAACUCAACAAAUACUCAUUACGCAUCUGUGAUGUACAUGGCGCUGUGCUAAGCCCUUAGGGCUACAAUGAUAAAUAUAAAAGUCAUUGCCUUCAAAACAGA